CUGCCGUUCAGUGUAUAUAUAGAUCUCGUCGGUGGCUGUGAAAGCACAUUUGGAUUUCUUGGUAGCGCCGGACUACAAGGUCGUCGACCAUUUCCGUCUGCAGCGACCCGACAUGAAGAUCCUAGCCACAGUAUUUGUGUUUAUGUUGUUCACUGGAUUCGCUAGCCAUGCGGUUGCUGAGAACGACGAGCUAGAAGUGGGUCACGUCAGAGUUCGCCGAGGCUUCGGCUGUCCACUUAACCAGGCAGCCUGCCACAAUCACUGCCGCAGCAUUGGUCGUCGAGGAGGCUACUGUGCUGGGUUGGUAAAGCAGACAUGCACGUGCUACAAGUCUUAAGUAUGUGGCCGCUUUUUAGCCGCCGAAGAUGAGUGCUCCUCCUGGAAGAACAAAAAUUCCCGCGUACGUUUUCUCACGGUCAUACGAAGGCAGUCUGCCCUGGAAGCGGCUCCUUGCUGGAAUGGAAAAGUCUACUCCGAACGCUUUAGUUUUAUUAUUAGUAGCUGUGGUGGAGGGCGUUUUGAUUGUUCAAUAAAAUCGAGACGUGAA